AUGAAGAGAAAAUAUUUAAGGAAUUGUGGCAAACAGAAGAGAUCACAGAAGAACGGAUAUAAGCAAGUGUACUACACUACAAAAAGGGGGAAAAGUGGAUCCCAUACAUCACAAACUGUUGUUUUUUCAGCAAUGAUGUUUGAGACUAUUACAAAUCAAGAUCUGCCUGUGAUCAAGUGUGUUUUAAUCAGUCAUAAGAACAAUGAUUCAUCACUGGGGAUAUCAUCAUCGUAUCCCAUGGCGUCAGAACCUCCAGAAGACCUCGGGUGUGCCUUGAAGCCUGAGAGCACACAGGCAGUCUAUGGAGCAGCCACUGUGGAAGUGGACAUGUUGGCAUCCAUCACACUCCAAGUACUGGUCAACACCCCGGGGAACAUUUCCUGUCUCUGGGUCUUUAAACACAGCUCCCUGAAUUGCCAGCCACACUUUGAUUUACAGAACAGGUAAGUGGGGGGUGCUUGG